GCUCCCGCCUUCCUGCGGCCUCCGCCGCUCCUCCCAGGAAGUCCCGGCCGCAGAUGAAGCUUUUCGGGCAGAGGAGAAGGCAGAAUGUGUGCCAGUGCAGCCUGGGCGGCUGUGCCAGGCUUUGCAGCGUAAAGCAGCGCGGCCCAGCUCCAUGUCUGUGCCUGCAGGAGUGAGACAGCAGGAGCCGUGGCAUGCUCAGGAGAGCGGGACCGUCCCUGCGCCACUUCUUGCUGGAGAAGAACAGUGCUGGACAUAGCUCGUGCUCCAGAGAGGCAAAAAUGUCAAGGCCGGUGCAAGCUCGGAGGCUGGAGGGAAUAGAUAAAAAUAUCUGGGUGGAGUUUGUAAAACUGGCUGCUACCUACUCCAAGGUGAACCUGGGCCAGGGCUUCCCUGACUUCCCUGCACCAGACUUUCUGACAGAGGCACUCACAAGAGCCCUGGGCGGGGGGAACCACAUGCUGCACCAGUACACCCGUGCCUUUGGCCACCCACCUCUGGUGAAGGUCUUAGCCCAGUUUUUUGAGAAGCUGCUUGGACGAGACCUGGAUCCUAUGACCAAUGUGAUGGUGACUGUGGGAGCAUACCAGGCCCUGUUCUGCUGCUUCCAGGCUUUAGUGGAUGAAGGUGAUGAGGUGAUAAUCAUUGAACCCUUCUUUGACUGCUAUGAGCCCAUGGUGAAAAUGGCUGGUGGGACACCUGUGUUUGUGCCUCUGAGACCGAAUCCUCCAAAAGAUGGAAAAUUGAUGUCUAGUGCAGACUGGCAGCUGGACCCAGCUGAACUGGCUUCUAAAUUCAGUGAACGGACAAAAGCCAUCGUCCUGAACUCGCCCAACAACCCUCUGGGCAAGGUGUUCAGCCGCGGGGAGCUGGGGCUGAUUGCAGAGCUGUGUGUGAAGCACGACGUGCUGUGCAUCAGCGACGAGGUGUACGAGUGGCUGGUCUACGACGGGAAGCAGCACAUCCGCAUCGCCAGCUUGCAGGGGAUGUGGGACCGCACGGUGAUCGUUGGCAGCGCUGGGAAGACCUUCAGUGCCACUGGAUGGAAGGUGGGCUGGGUCGUGGGACCUGACAGGCUGCUGCAGCACCUCCGCACUGUGCACCAGAACUCCGUGUACCACUGUGCCACAAUUGCCCAGGAGGCUGUGGCUCAGUGCUUCCAGAGGGAGCUCACGCUCUAUGGAAAACCAGAGAGCUACUUUGUCCAGCUGCCCAAGGAGCUGCAGCAGAAGAGAGACUGGUUGGUUCAGAGCCUGGAUGGGGUGGGGAUGAAACCCAUCAUCCCAGAGGGCACCUACUUCCUGGUGGCAGACAUCUCCCCGUUCAAAUCUGAUGUCCCUGAUGUCCCCAGCUCAGACGAGCCCUACGACUCCAGAUUUGCAAAGUGGAUGGUCAAGAACAAGGCUGCAGGCCAGCCCCAGAGCAGCACCCUCAGCCCCACGUGCCUCCUCCUCCUCCUGCCAGGGGCUCGCUGCCAUCCCGCUCUCCGCGUUCUACAGCGAGGCCCACAAGAACAACUACACCAAUUUCAUCCGGUUCUGCUUUGCAAAGGAGGAAGCUACCCUGAAGGCAGCAAGUGACAUAUUGCAAAAAUGGAAACAGGAGAAAGCCAGCUCCUGAAUACACUGAGAGAACCAGGCUCUCCCUGGCCCUCAGCUGCCCCAGCUGCUCCUCUUCUUCACUUGUCUACAAACUUUGGUAUGUUCUUCCUUCAGUGCUUUCAACAACAUUUUCUGACAGACAAAUGGUUAAGUUUUUUCCAGGCCCAGGGCCUGGGGGACAUUUUCAAUCACUGAAAUGAUUUCAAGAAAUGAGACUGUGUGCACUGACAGCAUUUGACAUUUUAUAUGUGAAAACUUUGAUAAUCAGUUCUGGGAUGCGUCCAGCAACACACAAGGUGAGGAUGGCUUCUGGGCUCUGUCUCAUCACCAAAUUCUGAAAAGGUGUUUCAGGACCUGUCUUUAAGGCCAUGCUGGAGGGUUAGUGUGGCUUGUCUUGCUCCACAUCCCCACUCAGGGCAGCAUUUCCACCAGCACUCACGUUCCCACAGGACUAGAGAGUGUCACCAGCCAUCAGUAAGGUGACUCCUCUGAUCCUGACAAUUACAAACCCAGUGAAAUGACAUUUCUCAUCAUGAAUUAUUUUCCUACUAUUUUUUUUCUGUGCAUCUCUGGGGAAAAUGACCACACAAUUGUUUUCCCCCAGGAGCCAAGCUUUCACCAGUAGCCUGGCUAUUGUCAAACCUUCCAGAUUACUCCUGGCACUUUCUCAGGGCUUGGCAGCGUCGUCCGGGCUCCAGAGCAAAACUUUUUCUGGCCUUUGACAAAUGCACACCGUGGCUGGGGAGAAUGGGCACCUUGGCUUUGGCUGCUCCUACUGCUGGUGGCCACCACAACCUCCCACCCAGUGAGCUGGUGGGGUAACAUGAGCAAUUCUGGAGAGGUAAAUUCUUGUAUCAGUGUUGAUUUCAGCCUGGAUAAGAGGGUAAAACAUCAUCAUCAUCAACCACGUGGGAGUUGUGUGCAACAGACUGCGAUGAGUGUUUGUAGCAGUUAAAUUAUUAAAGAAGAAUUACUGCAAUCA